CUUUUUAUCACUUGGAAGCUAAAACCCUCUUCAUACGGUUUCUCUCUUCAAUGGCUCUGAAUUUCCUCUCUAUCCCGCCCUUCUCGCCAUAUCCAUCUUCUAGAAUCUCUCUAAAACCCCAAUUCGCUCUCUUCAAACCCUUUCCAUUUCUUUCUCUUCCCCCAUUCCGACAACCCUUCCAUAACACUGCCGCAAUCGGACCGGAUGGGAAGUUCUACCCAACACCCGCCGACGACGACCCACCUGAAGCUCAAGAGGAUUCAAUGCACGGAGUUUCCAAGUUUCAGCAGAUUCAACGCCAAGCCGACCGAGCAAGGAAGUUACAAGAAGAGGAUUUCAAGAAGCACCAGGCGACCUUCCUCAAUGCCAUAGCAGACGUUGAAGAUGACCCUGAUUUGCCCAAUUCGAUCAAUUCGGAUGCGUCUGGGGACGAUAUGUUUGGAGAUAUUGAUAAAGCCAUUGCUAUGAAGCGGAAGGAAUUCGUGAAACAGGGUCUGUUGAAACCUAACCCAAAGAUCGAGAUUCCUCAAGGAAUAGAAGAAUUGGAGCCGGAAGAAGUCGUGGAUUUGGAGGAAAUUGAAGAACUACAUGGGCUUACUGUAAUAUCAGAUGAUUUAGACGAGGAAGAUUCGGGAAAGUUGGAUGAUGAGGUAAAUGAUGAUAAUGAAAACCCUAAAUCCUCUGAUUUUUCAUCGUUUGAUAUUGAUCUUGAUCAAUUGGGUAAGACUAAAACUAGAAUCGUUGAACCCAAGUUUAAGAUGACAUUAGCUGAACUAUUAGACGAAGUUAAAGUAGUACCAAUAUCAGUUUACGGCAAUCUAGAGAUUGAUAUAACUGGAAUUCAACAUGAUUCUAGACUAGUUGAGAUGGGUGACCUAUUUGUUUGUUGCCUUGGUCGGAAAACAGAUGGCCAUUUAUAUCUAACUGAAGCUGAUAAAAGAGGAGCAGUUGCAGUUGUUGCAAGUAAAGAGAUUGAUAUUGAAGAAACUUUAGGGUGUAAAGCAUUAGUAAUAGUGGAGGACACAAACAAUGUUCUUCCUUCGUUAGCUGCUGCGUUUUAUCGUUACCCAUCGAAGAACAUGUCAGUUAUUGGAAUCUCGGGAACUGAUGGAAAAACAACCACAUCCUACUUGGUUAAAAGUAUGUACGAAUCCAUGGGAUUAAGAACCGGCAUGUUCAGCUCGGUUUCGAGUUAUGUUCAUGGCGAUAACAAACUCGAAUUGGAAAAUACGAAUCUGGACUCUGUUUUAGCUCAGAAGCUGAUGGCAACCAUGGUUCAUAACGGAACAGAUUCCCUAGUCAUGGAAGCUUCUUCUCGCGGGCUAGCCCAAGGAAAGUACGACGAAAUCGAUUUUGAUAUUGCAGUUUUCACGAAUCUGACCAGCGAUAGUUUAGAUUUCGACGGGUCUGAAGAAGAAAAUAGGGAAGCGAAUGCCAAGCUUUUUUCGAGGAUGGUGGAUCCUGAACGGCAUAGGAAAGUGGUUAACAUCGACGAUCCUAAUGCUGCUUUUUUCGUCGCUCAAGGGAGCGGCGACGUGCCUGUGGUCACGUUUGGAAUGGAGAAUAAGAAUGCUGACGUUCAUCCGUUGAAAUUUGAACUGUCGUUGUUUGAGACACAGGUUUUGGUUAAUACGCCGGAGGGUAUAUUGGAGAUUUCGUCUGGAUUGCUUGGUAGACAUAACGUGUACAAUAUCCUUGCUGCUGUUGCGGUUGGAAUUGCAGUUGGAGCGCCAUUAGAGGAUAUUGUUAGAGGUGUUGAGGAAGUUGACGCUGUUCCCGGUAGGUGUGAAUUGAUUGAUGAAGAACAAGCCUUUGGAGUUAUAGUGGAUUAUGCUAAAACCCCAGAUGGUUUGUCUAGGUUACUCGAUUCGGUUAGGGAACUCGGCCCGAGGAGGAUCAUAACCGUGUUUGGAUGUGUCGGUGAGGGUGACAGAGGGAAGAGACCCGCGAUGACAAAGAUUGCUACGGAUAAAAGCGAUGUUACCAUCUUGACAUCUGACAACCCGAAGAGCGAAGAUCCGUUGGAUAUAUUGGAUGAUAUGUUGGCUGGAGUUGGAUGGAGUAUGCAGGAUUAUUUGAAAUAUGGAGAGAACGAUUAUUACCCGCCACUUCCAAACGGUAACAGGCUUUUCUUGCACGAUAUAAGAAGAGUAGCUGUUCGUGCUGGUGUUGCCAUGGGUGAGGAAGGAGAUAUGGUUGUGGUUGCUGGUAAAGGUCAUGAAUCGUAUCUGAUUGAUGGCGACAGAAAAGAGUUCUUUGACGAUCGAGAGGAGUGUCGAGAAGCUCUGCAGUAUGUUGACGAACUUCAUCAAGCUGGAAUUGACACAAGCGAAUUCCCAUGGAGGUUGCCUGAGAGUCAUUAAAGAGCAUACGGAAUUGAAUCCAUUCGACUCGAUCUGUUCUUUUCCCACGUUUCAAGCAAACUUCGAAUCGCGAAACAGCUUUUUUUGGAUCAAGCUCCAUAUACUUGAUCCUCGAAA